UACCACGACCACGAUUGUGUCGUAAAUUUAUAUGACAAAUACAUAUGUGACUGUUUCGUCUUCGUCUAUAAAAUAUAAACAAAGUGUUAUGUGAUUAAUCCAGAGAUUAAUCUGCGUAUGGUAUGGUAAUAGAAAUAUAUAUGUGGUAAAUAAAAGUAGAUGAUACUGUGUGAUACUGUCAUACGGUUUAUAUAAGCGAAAGCAUCAAACCUCUCGACCUGGAUUUAGAGCAAUCUAAAGAUACUUAUGUCAGAGGGAAACAAACAAGAUUUUUUCGAUACGUAAACGUCUAAAUCUGACAGUUGAAUAGAACAAUUUUAAUUCGCAUUCCCCAAAAAUUCAUAAAGAAACAUUAAAUUUAAAUGACAAAUAACAAUAAGCAAUGAACGACGAAGAUGAAAUAAUGUACGACGAUUCCGGUAAUGAAACUAGCGGAGACGAUGUCGACUUUGAUAUAGAAGUGGACAACACUUCUAGUAAAGAGUUUCCUAGUUAUGAGGAUGAGUAUCAGUAUGAGGUUCUUUCUACUGAUGACAUUGUUAUACACAUGGUAGAAUGUAUUAAAGAUGUUAAUACAGUCGUUCAAAUAUCGUCUACCACCACUCGAAUACUGCUGAACUUUUUCAACUGGGACAAGGAAAAGCUGAUGGAGAAAUUCUUUGAUGGAAAUCAAGAAGAGCUCUUUAAAGAAGCCAGAGUCGUUAACCCUUUUAAGAAAGUCAGUGUUGUGAAGCCAAAGAUAGUUAACAAGCUUUUAGGUACAGAGGAAUGCGAGAUAUGCUAUGUGGUCUAUCCUCCAGUGCAAAUGACAGGUCUGGAAUGCGGGCAUAGAUUCUGUACACAGUGCUGGAAUGAAUAUUUGACCACGAAAGUUAUGGAAGAAGGAGUGGGUCAAAGCAUAGCUUGCCCAGCACACAAUUGUCCUAUAUUAGUUGACGAUCAGACAGCAAUGAACUUUAUUAAAGACCCGAGAGUUAAAUUAAAAUAUCAGCAUUUAAUCACAAACAGUUUUGUGAAGUGCAAUAGAUUGCUGAGAUGGUGUCCAAGUCCUGACUGCAACUAUGCUAUAAAAGUAAAUUAUGUAGACACCAAACCAGUAACUUGCCAAUGUGGCCACAAAUUUUGUUUUAACUGUGGAGAAAAUUGGCAUGAUCCAGUUAAGUGCACCCUGUUGAAGAAAUGGCAAAAGAAAUGCGAUGAUGACUCGGAAACCUCCAACUGGAUAGCGGCUAAUACAAAAGAAUGCCCGAAAUGUAAUGCAACAAUUGAGAAAGAUGGUGGAUGUAACCAUAUGGUUUGUAAGAACCAGAAUUGUAAAGCAGACUUUUGUUGGGUCUGUUUAGGGCCUUGGGAACCACAUGGAAGCUCUUGGUACAAUUGUAAUCGUUAUGACGAAGAUGAAGCAAAAGCGGCAAGGGAUGCACAAGAGCAAUCCAGGGCAGCACUACAAAGAUACUUAUUUUAUUGUAACCGCUAUAUGAACCAUAUGCAAUCCCUCAAAUUUGAACACAAACUCUAUGCAGCCAUUAAAGACAAAAUGGAAGAAAUGCAACAGCACAACAUGAGCUGGAUCGAAGUACAAUUCCUUAAAAAAGCAGUUGAUAUUUUGUGCCAAUGUCGCCAAACAUUGAUGUAUACGUACGUCUUUGCCUAUUAUUUGAAAAAGACAAAUCAGUCUGUGAUAUUUGAAGAAAACCAAAAAGAUUUGGAAAGAGCUACAGAAUUAUUGAGCGAGUACCUUGAACGUGAUAUCACACAAGAAAAUUUGGUAGAUAUUAAACAAAAGGUACAAGAUAAAUAUCGCUAUUGCGAUGGACGCCAAAAAGCGUUGUUAAGACACGUCCACGAAGGAUAUGAAAAGGAUUGGUGGGUUUACAGCGAAUAAUUUUAGAAAAUGUUCCAAUUUUCUUUUUUCUUUUAAUUUAAUUGAAUUAAUAUCUACCAAAUUGUAAUUUUAUUUCUUUUUCUUGAAAAUAAAUAUAUUUCCUAU